ACCAGGAAGUCGCUCCUACAAACUUUCCRCCCUCUUUCCGUUGUGAAAGAGAAACUGAUUUGAGUCUGAGUGAAAACCAGUCCAAAUGGCUCAACAGGGAGUUCUGCUUGACCAGGAUCAGUUCUGUUGUUCGGUCUGUCUGGAUCUACUAAAGGAGCCGGUAACUACUGGCUGUGGACACAGUUACUGUAGGAGUUGUAUUGAGGGCUGCUGGGAUCAGGAUGACCAGAAGGGCGUCUAUAGCUGCCCCCAGUGCAGACAGACUUUCACUCCAAGACCUGCUCUGAGGAAAAAUGGCAUGUUGGCUGAGGUGGUAGAGAAACUGAAGAAGACAGGUAUCCAGGCUGCUCCCCCUGUUUUGUGCUAUGCUGGACCUGGAGAUAUGGCAUGUGAUUUCUGCACUGGGACCAGAAAGCAGAAAGCCCUCAUGUCCUGUCUGGUGUGUUUGGUGUCUUACUGUGAGACUCACCUCCAACCUCACUAUGAUAUUCCUGGCCUAAAGAAGCACACGUUGGUCAAAGCCACUGCGCAACUACAGGAAAAGAUCUGCUCUCAUCAUGACAAACUGCUGGAGGUUUACUGUCGUACCGACCAGAAGUGUAUCUGUGUGCUGUGUAUGGAUGAACAUAAAGGCCAUGAUACACUGUCAGUAGUAGCAGAGAGGACUGAGAAACAGACACAGCUGGGGAUGAGUCAGCAGAAAGUCCAGCAGAGAGUCCAGCGGAGAGAGAAGGAGUUGAAGGAGCUCCAACAGGCUGUGGAGUCUCUCAAGCGCUCUGCACAGGAAGCUGCAGAGGACAAUGAGAGGAUCUUUACAGAGCUGAUCCGCUCCCUGGAGAAACUGCACACCGAGGCGAAGGAGCUGAUAAAAGCCCAGGCGACUGCUCAAGUGAGUCGUGCUGAAGGACUCCUGGAGCAACUGGAGCAGGAGAUAGCUGAGCUGAAGAGGAAAGACAGUGAGCUAGAGCAGCUCUCACACACAGAGGAUCACAUCCAUUUCCUCCAAUCUUACUCCAAUCCUAGUGUAUCUUCUUCAGACUUACCCGCUAUCGUUGUUAGUCCUCAUCAGUACUUUGGAGACYUGAGCGAGGCUGUGUCUGAGCUGAGAGAGACACUACAAGGCUUCCUUAAAGGACAAUGGACCAAGAUCUCCAGCGCAGUGAAUACAGUGGAUGUUCUAUUACCUCCAGAGCCCAAGACCAGAGAACAGUUCUUACAAUAUUCCUGUCAGCUGACUCUGGACCCUAACACAGCACAUUGCAACCUCUCUCUGUCUGAUGGGAACAAAAAGAUAACAGCUAAACCAGGCCAUUUAUAUCUUGACCAUCCAGACAGAUUCACUUAUUGCUGCCAGGUGCUGUGRAGUGAGGGUCUGUCUGGACGAUGUUACUGGGAGGUGGAGAUGAGUGGGAACGAUGUUUCUAUAGCAGCCUCAUAUAAAGAUAUUAAGAGAACAGGUGGUAAUGACUCAGUAUUAGGACUCAAUGACAAGUCCUGGAGUUUACAGUGUUAUCAUGGUGGUUAUCGUUUCAGACACAAUAAUGUUGAGACUCAAGUAUCAGGCCCUCAGUCCUCCAGAGUAGGAGUGUACCUGGAUCACAAGGCAGGUUCUCUGUGCUUCUACAGUAUUUCUGGUACAAGGAGCCUCCUCCACAGAGUCCAGACCACAUUCACUCAGCCCCUCUAUCCUGGGUUUUGCUUUGGUUAUGUUGGAGAUACUGCAGAGCUGUGUAAGUUGUAGUGGUUGCCUUACUGGAUAUGCUUUAUCAUGUACUUUAACCCUGUGCAGUUUAUGCAUUCUAUGAUUUACGAUGAUAUCUUUAGUUUAGUCAAUGUUUCAGUCUUGUGCAUUCACAUUCAUCUCCAUGUAUUCUCACUUUGAUAUAAAUGAAUAACAAUUACUGUACUGCUAUAUUUUUUAUGAAACACAGUAGGCCUUUUUUACGGAUUUCAA